GCAAAAGCAUAAACAAUAACCACCACAGAGUCACUUACAGGAGGGGGGCCAGCACACCAUUCCAUGAUUCUAUUCACUUUCUUUCUUUCUCCACGUUGACUCUUCUCCUUGUCUGUGUUUUAAUGUUUAGAACAGAAUAUAAUAGAAUUGUUCACGUGCUAACCUUGGGCUCCUUCUAUUUUUAUUUUUAUUUUAUAAGUAUCCCCAACCAUCUUGUUCCUAUGGGUUGUUGUUUUUCGAAGUCGGAGUAGUAGCUGUGUUCGAUUUUUUUUCGUCAUUUUUAAGAUGGAGCUGACUUUAAGGGAAGAAGACGCAGCUGACUGGGUUUACAGAGGCGAAGGAGCUAUUAAUCUUAUUCUCGCUUACACUGGAUCCUCUCCUUCUUUUAUUGGGAAAGUGAUUCGCAUACGUAAGGCUCCCAGGAAUGGAUCAGACAUUGUGAGGAGUACCAUAGCUUUGACUCCACAUGAACGCCUCCUCUGGAAAGAUGUUAGUGAACUUGUUUCCUCUUCAGACAAGGAUAUUGCAGGCCAACUAUAUGUUCAGCAUGUUAUGAAGCCCUUGCUGGGUGUCAAGUAUGUUGAUGCUGGGAUGCACGUGCUGCUGACCAGGGAAUUCCUUGAAUCGGUUGAGAAGAAUGUUACUAGUCAACGUCCUGCUUGGCGAGUUGAUGCUGCCCUUAUUGAUACACAUUGUGAUUUUGGUCUUCUCAUGUCUGAUCAUUCACUCUUCACUGAUGGUAGUCAAGGAUCUAGGCCCUGCAUAUCUGUUGAGAUAAAGCCCAAAUGCGGAUUUCUUCCACUUUCUAGAUUCAUCUCUGAAGAAAAUGCUAUCAAAAGGAGCAUAACUCGAUUUGAAAUGCACCAAGCUCUAAAAUUGCAUCAAGGUGGGAUAUCACAGCGAAGUGAAUACAAUCCGCUUGAUCUGUUUUCCGGAUCCAAGCAAAGAAUUUAUAAAGCUAUCAAGGAUCUCUUCACUACUCCUCAAAACAAUUUUCGUAUAUUUUUGAAUGGCUCUCUCGUACUUGGAGGAUUGGGAGGUGGUGCAGAAAACACAGAUGCAUGUAUUGCUAAAGCAUUUGAAGAUGAACUUAAGUCAGUCAUUCAAGCCGAUGAUGGUCUUUGUACAGAGAACUUAUUUACUCUUGUUACUGAGGCUGUGCAUAAUUCAGGUAUCCUUGAUCAGCUCCUGGAGGUUCAGAAGUUUGAUAGUGUUGACAUAGAAGGAGCUAUCCAUGCAUAUUAUGACCUUACUUCUCAACAGUGCAUGGUGUGUAGAGAAUUGAGUGAUGAACAGGCAAAAAGAUAUACCUCUUUGCAUUCUUCUUCUUUGGAUGAAAGCUUGAGAAUUGUAAAGGACUACCUGAUAGCAGCAACUGCCAAAGACUGCAGUUUGAUGAUAUGUUUUAGACCAAGGAAAAAGGAGGAUUCUGGAUCUGUGUACAAUAGUUUAUAUCUUGAAUCCACUAAGCAAGCCUUUGAUUUUAAGGUGUAUUUUAUUGACCUCGAUUUAAAGCGUUUGAGUAAAAUGGAAGACUACUACGAGUUAGAUAAGAAGAUAGUGAACUGCUACAAACAAAUGAUCAAAAUGGAUCAAGGAAGAAAUGAAGUGACAAACUUUCCGGCAUUUAGAGCUGCAUAUUGAGAUUUAAUAGCUUUCAGUUUGAUAAUGUUAUUUUCUUCCUCCCAAAAUGUUGUUGUAAUACUAGUUUAGAGGUGAAGAUGGAAACUCUUUGUAUUUUGCUUCAUUACCCUCGUCACCUGCGAUACUACGCUUCUACUUUCAAUUUUCUGUAAGUUGGGGCUGUCAGAUUCCCGGUUUUAUGAAAUUGUGUUUAAAUUUGUAUUAUCUUUCUGUUCCUUUUAUUAUU